AUGUUCGAAAGCUUCAUCAAGAAGGCAAAACGUCUAUUGCAGAACACUCGCCACGAUGCCUCUGGUCCUUCCGAUAGCCCAACAAACGAGAAAGUUAAACAAUUGCGCUCUUCCGUGGCAUAUAGCCAGGCCGAUGACUGGUCUACUACUGCGGAUGCCGGAUCGAGCUCUUCGUCUGAGCCAGUCUCGCCCAAUGGGAGUGAUAAAUCCUCGCCAAAGGGUGUAAUGAAUCGAGUGCAAUCAGCAGUACGCAGGGCGACCGUGAAACGAACAGCCCAGAGGGAUACCCAGAAGGGUUUAACCACACUCCAACUCGGUAACGUAUCCAACUCUAACUCCACCUCGACACCGGGCCCGAGCACCCACAAGACGUCUAUAUGGUGGCCCGCCUCAUCCUUACGAUGGGUGCGUGGCCGCGCCGACGCGGUCACUCCGACCACAAAACCAUUUCUCCCGGGCGGAUACCUUGGUGGAGGCGCAUUUGGGGCAGUGUACCUUGUCCUGGACGUCGUGCGCCGUCAGAGUAUGGCGAUGAAGGUCGUGCACUACACUAGGGACUUCUCGCCGCCUGAGUGCCGUGGGCUUGUGGCGGAGCUGAGAAUCCUGCAGCGCCUCGCGGAGGAGCCACAGCCGUUUCUGCUCCGCCCAUAUUUGGACCACCGGCUCUGGGCGUGGCAUACCUCGCUGGGCUACGUGCAUAUGCUGACGGAAUUCUGCCCUGGAGGAGACCUGCGGUCAUACGUAGGCUACCUCACCGAUCAGGAGGUAUGGCUCCUUACAGCAGAGUUGGUUCUUGCGCUGGAGUGGCUUCAUAAACAAGGCUUCGUGCAUCAUGACAUCAAACCAGGAAACAUCCUCGUCGACAAUGAAGGGCACUGCCUUCUGGGAGACUUUGGCGCAUGCCGCGAACUAGACCGUGGAGUUCUCCGUCGAUGCGAUACGGACGACGCGAUCAGGACAGACGAAUACGCCGCUCCGGAGCUGCUCUCUGAGCCUACGCGGAGAUGGCAGUGGUAUGACAAGUCUGUAGACCUGUGGUCGCUCGGCGUCGUGAUUGCGGAGGUAUUCACGGGUAUAUCAUCUUUUGUGAAGGGUCCAAACGUAUCGAGGAAUGAGUUCCUGGCUAGCUUAAGUGCUCGUGUUGAGGAAACGUUUGCGCGCCUUGAAGUAAUGGGUCGUCCGGAUAUGUCUGAUCUCCUCCAAGGUAUGCUGGUCAUUGACCCCUACGGCAGAAUGUCGACAUCGGAAAUCCAACGACAUCGAGGCUUCAGUCGGAUGCGCAUCAAGUUCAAGGACGUGCGGCUCAGGAAACAACGCCCAAUCCGGAAGCUACACUACGUCAGCAUGGGCGACCAUCGUAGGCCUUCUACCAAAGUCCCAGAUUACUCUCCCUCAAAGCAAUAUUUCCUGGAUGAACUGGCCGCUCAGUGUCUUACGUUAGAACAGGACGACUCAUUUGAAGUAUCGGUCUCCGAUUUCCGGCCGGGGCGAGCCACCUGA